AUCAAAAAACACGGCGGCGCGGCCAUCUUGGAGAGGCGCCAUCGGUUGGGGCGUUCACGGUCCGUUAGGCUUUUGGAUAAAAAGAAAGUCGUGGCGUCCUGUCAGAAAUAGAAUCGUCUUUAUUGGCCCAAGAUGUAGGUCCACACACAAGGAAUUUGUCUUCGGUAGUAUCGGCAAUAUAGCUACACUACGAUGGCAAUAAAAAAGCAACGACGAAGUCAUACUUCGCCUUUCAAAGUCGGCAAAUAGGAAACAAAUGCCACGGCGGGAAAGAGGCGUCUCACGUUUUACUUUGAAAGAGUGGCGGAAGUCAUUUUCGCUUGACCACUCAUCAGUCGUCCUCCGCGCAUCCGUCGGGCGAAACGAUGGAGACCGCAAAUACAGCACUUUGAACAAUUCCAUUUUUGAUCGACCGGUCGUCAGCAUGUUGGCCAGAAAGGGUUUGGUUCCAGACGGCUUCCUAUUGACCCGGCUGGCAGAAGAGCGCAACCAUCCCAACCGGAAGCGCUCCAGGUGCCAGCGGGCGCGCUUCAUCACCAAGACGGGCUCUUGCAACGUGGCGCACAAGAACAUCAGGGAGCAGGGUCGCUUCCUCCAGGACGUGUUCACCACCAUGGUGGACCUGAAGUGGCAGCACUCGCUCCUGAUCUUCACGUCGGCCUUCCUGUGCUCGUGGAUGUUGUUUGCCAUGGCCUGGUGGCUGCUGGCCUUCGCCCACGGGGAUCUGCAGCCUCGGCACGGCGGCGCGCAGGCGCCCGAGAUUCCCUGCGUCACCGCCAUCAACUCCUUCGCAUCCGCCUUCCUCUUUUCCAUCGAAGUCCAGGUGACCAUCGGCUUCGGCGGGCGCAUGGUGACGGAAGAGUGCCCGGCGGCCAUCGUGGUUCUGAUCGUGCAGAACAUCCUGGGCCUGAUCAUCAACGCGGUGAUGCUAGGCUGCAUCUUCAUGAAGACGGCGCAGGCCAACCGACGGGCCGAGACGCUCAUCUUCUCCCGCAACGCCGUGGUGGCCCCCCGCGACGGGCGGCCCACCUUCAUGUUCAGGGUGGGCGACCUGCGCAAGAGCAUGAUCAUCUCGGCCACCGUGCAGCUCCAGGUGAUCCGUCGCACCGUGACGUCGGAGGGCGAAGUGAUCCCGGUGAGCCAGCUGGACAUCCAAGUGGAGAACCCGCUGAGGAGCAACGGCAUCUUCCUGGUGUCACCGCUCAUCGUCAGCCACACGCUGGAGAGAGGAAGUCCGCUCUACGACCUGUCGGCCCACUCGCUGGCCGCCGCUGACCUCGAGGUCAUCGUCAUCCUGGAAGGCGUGGUGGAGACGACGGGCAUCAGCAUGCAGGCCAGGACGUCGUACACGCCCGACGAGAUUCUGUGGGGCCGCCGCUUCGUGUCCAUCGUGAGCGAGGAGGACGGCCGCUACUGCGUCGACUACUCCAAGUUCGGCAACACGCUUCCCGUGCGCAUGUCGCCGCUGAGCGCCAAAGAGCUGGAGCGCACGCGCGGGAUCCCGGAGGAUGGUGCGGAUGCCGACGGACGGCCGCAGGGCGGCUGGGGGCUGGUCCGGGCGGGGAGGGGCGGAUUCCGGCGCGGGGGGCGGGCCUGCGAGGGCGCCGCCUCCCGAUCCUGGUACGACCACGCCCGGGAGGAGGCGGGGCCCGCUUCCGGCCAGGAGCCCGUGCCGCUCGAGGUCAUCGGCCGACGGACGGGUGAAUGAGGCGCCGACA